UCUGAAUAAUAAUAAUUUGAAUAUGAUGAAAUAGAUAAAAUGACAACUGCCCACGCAAAACUGAAGUUAGAUUAAGCUGAAAAAAGUCUCAGCCCAUUUUAUUUGAUUCUGAUCGCGGAACCACUCAUUUUGAGGCCAUAGAUUUUGUCUUUUAUUUGUAAAAAAAAGAUGUCUGGAAUCAAUAUUCAAACGGGUGAUCAGACUAACAGACUCAUCUCUGAGAACGCUUUAAUUCCUCUCUGUCAUCCAUUAGCUCCUGGAUCUUCCAGCCUACCCAAGUUUGGUACCCUUAUUCCAAACCGCAUAUUUGUUGGCGGAAUACCAUCAAAUACAAACGAACAAGAACUGAAGUCUUUCUUUUCAAGUUUCGGCCACGUGAAAGAUGUCAAAAUUAUAAAUGAUCGCCUUGGGGCAUCUAAGGGGAGUUAUGGAUUUGUUACUUUUGAAAGUCAAGAAAUGGCUGAAAAAAUUAUCAAGGAUGAGUCGGAAACACUAAUUUUCAAAGACCGUAAACUCAACAUAGGUCAUGCAAUUCGUAAGCAACAAAUAUUUCCUCGUCCAGAACUAACAACAACUUUGCUAUUCACCGGAAAUGCAAUUCCUUAUAGCUUUCAAAAUGGUAUGGCUGUAUUCCCUUUACCUGGCCAAGAGUAUCCUAUAUUGACUCAAACUACAGCUCCUUACGCCACAAUGAUACUUCCACAGCCGGAUGGAGGGACACCUCUCUACUUGCCUCCUCUACAUUCAACUCCAGCUGCCGCCAUAUCGCCAUAUACACACAUUCCACAGCAUGCUGUAACAGCAGCACUUCACCAACAGUUUCAUCAAACAGGAGCUGUUUCUUGUUUAACACCGGCGGUUGUUGGUCAGAUAACACCACUCAAUGUCAGUGUUAAUAACACUAAUCCUCAAUCUCAUUCAACUCCUUCAGUAAUGGCGGCAGCUGCUGCUAUGGCUGCUGCUGUUCAAUGGCCACAACAUUCAGCUCCGAAUAACCAGCAAAAUCCACAACAAUCAUCUGCUGUAGCAGUAACUCAUAGCGUUUCACAUCUAAACAAUGAACAUUCCAUCAAUCAGACAUCAACAAUUACACAGAACCAAUCUACUGUUACAGCUCAACAUCCAACUAAUUGGCAUUGGUCACCAGGUAUACAACAAUCUCAAAAUACAAUUCAGGGAACAAGUCCUCAAUCUAACAUGUUCACUAUUGAUACAUCUUCAAGUAUGAGUACUACUAAAUCAACGUCAAUAUCGAAUCCAAAUCUUCAAUUUCCUCAACAGUGUGCAACAAAUACAACUUAUUUGUAUAGCCCAUUAACUGGAUCUAGUCAUGAAGUGAUGCUACUUCAUCAAACCAGUUCACCAUUUACUGGUCAUUCAACUAGUGAUUACAGUACUGAUCACAGUACACAUUCAUCUGGUAUAUUGGAUUCAGCUGAGUCUAUAAGUUAUGAUGGUACACCAAUCAGUCGUCAGACUCAACAAAUCGGAAAACAAUUAACUAAUAUUUACAAUAAUAAUAAUAAUACACAAAUGAAUGGUUCAUGUUUAUCACCAUAUGCUACGAUAACACCAAUUUUAGAAUUUCAUUCACAUUCUAAUUGUAUAGGACAAUCAAAUUCUAUGCAUCAAAUGACAUCAACACAUUUACAACAUAAUUUACAUCAAAAUCAUCAAACAAAUACAUUCUUAUCAAUACUUAAUCCAUCACAUCAUAAUAAAGUAUUUACUGGUAGUAAUUGUGCGCGUCAUUUAUCAACUGCUAUCUACGGAAGUCAAUCCCAAAUUAAAAAUGGUACAUUACCAUCAAUCGAUAUGAGUUUAUCAAAUGAACAACAUCAAAGUAUGUUAUCAUCAAUUCGCCAAUUACAAUCGUGUUGUACAAUUGGUACUAUUCAAGGUAUAACUAAUACAACAAUCAUAUCACAAUCCCAACCAACAUCAUCAUCAUCAGCAGCAAUAGUAGCUUCAGAAUCAACAGUACAAGUAGCAUUACCAUAUUUACUAACUUCUACAAGUACAUCACCCUAAUCUUUUUCUCUUGAUUCAGCAAAGAAAAGUUAACAAACUGGUCUCUUUCUUUUGUUUUUUUCUUCUUUUCAUCAGCUUUAUUUCUUAUUUUCCGGAAAAUAUUUAAUAGAUUUUUCAUUUUUCUUACCGAUCUUCUUCCUCUUGUUUUGCAUCUGCUUAUUUGCUUUUUUCAAAUAUUCUCUUGCUUCAGCUCAUUUUUUUCCUGAAAAAAAGGUAAAAGAAACGAAGUACCUAAAACAACACAUUCUGAAAUGUAUUACUACCUUUAAGCUUUGUUAGAUCAGUGUUUUUUUCUCCCAAAUUACUUACUGUCAGUUUUCCACCUUAGUUUUUAUAUAUUUUUUCAUUUAAUUUUCUUACUACAAGCCAAUCAACUAUUUGCCUUAUCAUUUUUCUCUAUUAAGAACUCUCAUGCUUCGUUUUUGUAUGAUGCUUUUGGAUUUUUUUCACAAUUUAAAAAAAAAAGAUGAAAACACUUUUUCUACAUGUCGAUUAAUCAUUCAUCUUAUUGCAUUGGUCCCUUAUGUUUUUAUUUGUUGUUAUGUUCUUUUAUUAUUAUUAGUAGUAGUAGUACUAUUAUUGUUUUCAGUAUUCUGCACAGCAUUCCAAGUUUUAUAUUUCCCAUAGAGAUUGUUAUAUAUAUAAAGUUUUUUUAUCGAAUAUUUGUUGUUGGUCCUGGCAUUCUGACUGACAAGUUGUAUUAGCACAUUCGGUAUUUUUGGCCUGCAGAUUGGAUGCAUAUAUAUAUAAUAUUCAAAGUAUGUACGUAUAUAUAAUGUUUGUUUUACUGUUUAUAUAUCUUAUUUUAUCCCACUCCGGACUCUCUUUUUCUGCAUAUAAAAUACACAUUUGGUUAAUUUGUUGCAACUUUUCUUGUGAAAUAGAUUUAUUCAGUUUUUGAGUAUAUUUUGACUUUUUUUUCCUCUUUUUGGCGUCCUAUUAGCAAUCGUUUCUGGAGUAUUUUUCUUUCUUUUUAAUAUCAGUUAUUUGUGUCAAUAGAUUAAGCUGUAUAUUGUAAACAAAUAAGAGAGAGGUAAUCCAAGUUUUAAGUCACUUUGAA